UAGAGUAGAUAAAUUGUAAUUUUUGCAUCUUGUAAGUCUGCUAUGGUGAGUCUUAUUGCUAGUUUGAGAUCUGGUGAGUGAGCUCCUAAGAACUGAAAAGUUAAAUAGGAAUUUUCAACCCUUGUUAUUUUGUAUUAUUCUUUAUAUUAUAUUGUAGAUGUCCAUUAUAUAUGUAUAGUGUUCUCCCUCUGAUGCUUUGAAACCUUCCAUGAUAAAUUUUGGACAAUGGUUACUACCUUCAAAUUCUAUGCAUUCUUCAUCUUCCCUUCCACCAUUUUAAUCUCAUUCUUCUGCAUAACCACCAAUACGGUCGCUGUGAACCCUAGAUCUCUCCGUUUCAACGUAGAGCUCAUCCACCUUGACUCUCCCCUCUCCCCAUUCCAAAACCCUAAUACCAUUCUUUCGAAGAAAGCACUGAAAGCACAGGAAUCCUCAAUUGCACGCUAUACCUUUUUAACUUCCCAAACUACUUCAUACAUUGAUGUUAUUCCCUAUGGUAGCCUUGAUUACCUCGCGAAAAUCCCCCUCGGAGGUCCUGCUUCUGAUAUAUUCAUUACCAUAGACACAAGUAGUGGGAUCUUGUGGAUUCAAUGCAAAACUUGUCUCCAAUGCUUUGACCACACCAAGUCAUCAACCUACACUAACAUGUCCUGCAAGUCUUCAUCACAUUGCAAAUUUGCUCCCAAUGGGCAUUGCAGAGAGAGCUCUAAUGGGUGCACUUACCACAUUCAAUAUGGUGAUCAAGAUGAGAACUUUGGCUACCUUGCUUCAGAUUCCUUGGCCUUCAUAAACUCUGAUGGAGGUGUUGAAGUCACAAUCAUGAACCUAGUUUUUGUUUGUGGAAUCAAAAAUAACAAGUUUAUGCUUCAAGAUCAAUCAACUGGAGUGCUAGGCCUUGCUGCAAUGAACUUGUCAAUAGUCUCUCAAUUAAGUUCGAUUUCACAAUCAAAAUUCUCCUAUUGCUUUGGCAACCUAAGUGAUCCGUCGUCGAGAGGUAAUUUGAUCUUCGGUGAUGCGCAUAUUAGUGGAUUCACAACUCCUUUCGUAUUUGAUCACUUCUACUAUCUUAGUCUGAUCGACAUUAGCGUUGGUUCGCAAAAGCUUAAUAUUCCAUCAGGAACAUUCGAUAGGAAAGACUCAGACUCAAGCUUGGGCUCUGGUGGGGUUAUCAUUGAUAGUGGCACACCACUAACCAUUCUAGCAAAAGAAGGAUAUAAUGAGCUUAUAGACGAAUUAUCUGUGUAUCUGUUGAGGUUCAAGUGCUACUCAGUUCCAUUUGCAAAAUCAAACAGGUUUUGCUCCUAUGGAAGUUUUAUUAGGGACUUGAAUGGAUUUCCAACUGUGACUUUCCAUUUUAAGGAUAAUGCCAACCUGGUUUUGGGGAAAUGGAGUUUGUUUACCCAAGUAGAGGAAGAUGUGUUUUGUUUGAAUUUCCUCCCUAGUGAUUCAACCGAUGUAUCUGUCAUUGGAAAUAUGGCUCAACAGUUCUACAACUUUGGGUUUGACCUUGUUAAAAAUGAGCUUUCUUUUAUUCAAACCAAAUGCAUUAUAUGAGAAACAAUGGGCCUUCUGGGCUUGGUAGUUGAGGAUCUUAUCUGGAACAUUAUUCUGGUCUGGCUUCCUUUCAUUAAUUUUUUUUCUUCUCGUUUUAUAUUUAUUUUCU